AUGGCGACAUCCGAAGAUAGCCAGGUUGCCUCUUCUUCCACAUCACUCUCAUCUCAAAAGGAUUCGCUUCAUCGUCCUGAAUUGUCACCGUCUUCUUCGCUCAAUCUCUUUUCAAGCUCAUCUCUCGAUCAGUUGUCGUCGCUCGCUCGUCGCACACCUGGUCUCAAUACCCUUAGUGCAGGAGCAGCAGCCGUAUUACAAUAUCCUCCUUCCGAUGAAUCUGAACGGAAACGACGUAUCCAUGGUAGUGUUCAGCAAGUUACCACAGGGAUAGUGCUGACAGCCAAAUUGGCAUUCAAUGAUUGCUCGAUCGGUUUAUAUCAAGUGGCUGAUCAUAUCCAACGCAAAGUGCCAGUCAUUGUGGAGGACAAGAAACGGUUACGAGCCAUGAAAAGUAGAGUGGAGACAGCUGACUCGGAUAUCACGGAUGCUCGCAAGGUGGUGGCAGACAUGGAGCAAAUACAAUCCUUUCAACGUAUAUCAGAGAUGCUGAAAACGUCCUUGGAUAUUGUCAAGAAGGCGAAAAAGGCGUAG